GAGCUUCUGGUAGUGGGAGCUGCACCUCCGCCGCAGUCUGUACUCUGCCUCUGCCUCUUCUUUCUCCUGACCAGCACACCUGACAGACAGCGACUCUUCAAGCCCAAGGAGGGUUCCUUCUCGUUUAUUUUCUACAUAAUCAGAAGGGGGUACUAGAAACCCCAACAAGGCGUGAUGAUGGCUGUCGAAACCCAAGCGCAAUACACCACCUCUUAUAUGAUGAACGAGGAACACCAGUACAUGACGCCAGAGGAUGAGUGGGACAGGGACCUACUGCUGGACCCCGCCUGGGAGAAACAGCAGCGAAAGACUUUCACAGCUUGGUGUAACUCCCACUUGAGGAAGGCAGGGACACAGAUCGAGAACAUAGAGGAUGACUUCAGGAAUGGCCUCAAGCUCAUGCUGCUGCUGGAGGUCAUCUCAGGUGAGAGACUGCCCAAACCUGACAAAGGCAAGAUGCGUUUCCACAAGAUCGCCAACGUGAACAAAGCCCUGGACUUCAUCUGCAGCAAGGGAGUCAAGCUGGUGUCCAUCGGAGCUGAGGAGAUCGUCGACGGUAACACGAAGAUGACUCUGGGAAUGAUCUGGACCAUCAUCCUGCGCUUCGCCAUCCAGGACAUCUCCGUGGAAGAGACCUCUGCUAAAGAGGGUCUUCUUCUAUGGUGCCAGAGGAAGACUGCCCCCUACAGGAACGUUAACGUUCAGAACUUCCACAUCAGUUGGAAAGAUGGCCUGGCACUGUGUGCCCUGAUCCACAGACACAGACCUGACCUCAUUGACUACUCCAAACUGAAAAAGGAUGACCCCAUUGGUAACCUCAACACUGCCUUCGAGGUGGCUGAGAAGUACCUGGACAUCCCCAAGAUGCUUGAUGCUGAGGACAUUGUGAACACCCCCAAGCCUGAUGAGAAGGCCAUCAUGACCUACGUGUCCUGCUUCUACCACGCCUUCGCUGGUGCUGAGCAGGCUGAGACAGCAGCUAACAGGAUCUGUAAAGUGCUGGCUGUGAACCAGGAGAAUGAGAAACUCAUGGAGGAGUAUGAGAAGCUGGCCAGUGAGCUGCUGGAGUGGAUCCGCAAAACCAUCCCGUGGCUGGAGAACCGCACGGCGGAGCAUCACAUGAGAGCCAUGCAGCAGAAGCUGGAGGACUUCAGGGACUACCGCCGCGUCCACAAGCCGCCCCGCGUCCAGGAGAAGUGUCAGCUGGAGAUCAACUUCAACACCCUGCAGACCAAGCUGAGGCUGAGCAACCGGCCCGCCUUCAUGCCCUCCGAGGGAAAGAUGGUCUCGGACAUAGCCAAUGCCUGGAAGGGUCUGGAGCAGGUGGAGAAGGGAUAUGAGGAGUGGCUACUUACUGAGAUCAGACGUCUGGAGAGACUGGACCACCUGGCUGAGAAGUUCAAACAGAAGUGUUCCCUGCACCAGUCCUGGACCUCGGGUAAGGAGGAGCUGCUGUCCAUGAAGGACUAUGAGUCGGCCUCUCUGAUGGAGAUCAGGGCUUUGAUGAGGAAACAUGAGGCCUUUGAGUCUGACCUGGCCGCCCACCAGGACAGAGUGGAGCAGAUCGCUGCUAUCGCACAGGAGCUCAAUGAGCUGGACUACCAUGAUGCGUCCUCAGUGAACACCCGCUGCCAGGGCAUCUGUGACCAGUGGGACAACCUGGGUACCCUCACCCAGAAGAGAAGAGACUCUCUGGAGCGUGUGGAGAAACUGUGGGAGACCAUCGACCAGCUUUACCUGGAGUUCGCCAAGAGGGCGGCGCCCUUCAACAACUGGAUGGAUGGAGCCAUGGAGGAUCUGCAGGACAUGUUCAUCGUCCACAGCACCGAGGAGAUCCAUUCUCUGAUCACAGCCCAUGACCAGUUCAAGGCCACCCUGCCAGAGGCUGAUAAGGAGCGCAUGGCCACCAUGGGCAUCCAGAGUGAGAUCGUAAAGAUCGCUCAGACCUACGGCAUCAAGCUGUCAGGAGUCAACCCCUACACCAACCUCUCACCCCAGGAUAUCACCAACAAGUGGGAGACCGUGAAGCACCUUGUUCCUCUCAGGGACCAGAUGCUGCAGGAGGAGGUAGCCAGACAGCAGGCCAACGAGAGGCUGAGGCGCCAGUUCGCUGCCCAGGCCAACAUUAUCGGACCCUGGAUCCAGACUAAGAUGGAGGAGAUUGGUCAUGUGUCUGUGGACAUUGCUGGAUCUCUAGAGGAACAGAUGAACAGCCUGAAGCAGUAUGAACAAAACAUUAUCAACUACAAGUGUAACAUUGACAAGCUGGAGGGAGACCAUCAGCUCAGCCAGGAGUCCCUCAUCUUCGAUAACAAGCACACCAACUACACUAUGGAGCAUAUCCGUGUGGGCUGGGAGCAGCUCCUGACCACCAUCGCCCGCACCAUCAACGAGGUGGAGAACCAGAUCUUGACCCGCGACGCCAAGGGCAUCAGCCAGGAGCAGCUCAACGAGUUCCGUGCCUCCUUCAACCACUUCGACAGGAAGAGAAACGGCAUGAUGGACCCAGACGACUUCCGUGCCUGUCUCAUCUCCAUGGGUUACGAUCUGGGUGAGGUGGAGUUUGCCCGCAUCAUGACGCUGGUGGAUUCCAACAACACUGGAGUGGUCACCUUCCAGGCCUUUAUCGACUUCAUGACCCGCGAGACAGCCGAGACAGACACAGCCGAUCAGGUCAUGGCCUCUUUCAAGAUCCUGGCCUCAGACAAGUCCUACAUCACGGUUGAUGAGCUACGCAGGGAGCUGCCCCCAGAGCAGGCAGAGUACUGCAUCAGCCGCAUGACCAGGUACAUUGGAGCUGACGGCCCAGCCGGAGCCCUCGACUACAUCUCCUUCUCCAGCGCUCUCUACGGAGAGAGCGACUUGUAAACCCCCUCUCCUCCUCCUCUUCCUUUUCUCCUCCCUUUAUCUUCCCCCUCUCCUGUAUGGAGAGAGCGACUUGUUUCCCUCCUCUCCCUUCUCCUCUCCUCCUCUUUCCCCUUACUUGUCCUCCCUCUAUCCUCCUCCUCUCAGUCAUCUGAAGUUUCCCUCAUUCUAAACCUUCCUCCAUGUUGUCCACACUUCCCAGAGAGGAAGAGACGGUGGGAGGCUUUACUCAAAUCAAAACUCAGAGACUCACCAUGUCCUGUUUAGGUCUGUCUGGAUAUCUUACUGUUUAACUGUCAUCCCUCUCUCAUUCAUACUGUCAUCUGUACUGCACCAAGUGCCUGAUGAGCCAGAACACCUGCAGUCACACGAUAAUCCGCUUCACAUUAACCUUUAGUAUGAUCAACAGGACAGAGAGAUCACAAAGGAAGAAGAGAAAUAAAGAAAAAUACUAAAAUGGUUGAACAGUAGCAGAGUAUUGGAGCACAGCCCCUCUGGCCCUACACUCUUAGGAAAAGGGGUUCCAAAAGGGUUCUACCUGGAACUAAAAAGGGUUCUACCUGGAACUAAAAAGGGUUCUACCUGGAACUAAAAAGGGUUCUACCUGGAACUAAAAAGGGUUCUACCUGGAACUAAAAAGGGUUCUUCAAAGGGCUCUCCUAUAGGGACAGCUGAAUAACCCUUUUAAGUUCCAGAUAUCACCUUUUUUUCUAAGAAUUUACACCUGUCCUCCUCUCAGAAUAUUAAAAUAUGUUUUGGUAAAAUGGCUUACAAAAAUGUGGAAGAAGAUUGGUUGGUUAUGUAUUGUUGCAGAUGCAUAUUGUGUUUAUACUGUAGUGGAAAUGCUGUCCAAUCUGAUUGGUUGAAUCCCCCCUUACACCCCAACUUCUUUAUAGCACCCCUUAUCCCAGAAGACAUGCCCCUCCCUUUCCAUAGAAACUUGUAACGUUGUGCCAAUGUUUUCAUAACGUUGUCAUUAAGUAGGUAUCCCAACUAUCCAAGAUAUACAUGUUGAGUUAUAUUAUGUGUAAGAAAGCCAUGCAGUCUCAAGCUCACCUUCAACUCAGACAGACAAAGACAGACCGUAGUACCUGUUGUCAACCAUUAAUGUUAUGUUAACAUUAGUUGUCAAUCAUCAAAUUUAGCCUGUGAUUUUAGGGAUUAUUUUGGACGCACCCUAAAUGAAUGCAGUAGAUCUGAUGACCCCCCCCCCCCCAACAAUAGGCCCAACAAGAGAGAGCAACCUGAGUAAUGCAUUGUGGAUAAGAGUUAGUCAACCACUGGUCACCCGUCACCCUACAGACAGGAAAGCUCAUUUUGUUUGAAGGACAGGACGUCACCUCUCUCCUCUGCCACCCUCUAUCAUCACUCCCUUCGUAUUGCAGUUGUCUGAGAGAGAAAGACAGAGAGAGGUGUUAAAUAGAGAGAGAGAGAGAGAGAGAGCGAGAAUGAGACAGAACGCAAGAGAGAGAGAGAGAGGGCGGGAGACAGGACAUCAGGUAAAGAGAUAUGGUGAACCAUAGUUAGGCCCCAGACUUCGUCCAAAAUGGCACCCUAUUCCAUAUGUAGUGCACUACUUUUGACCUGAUCCAAAGUAACCAAAUUUACUAUGUAGGGAAGAGGGUGUCAUUUGGGACAGAGACAGCAUCUGUAACUCCCAUGUGUAUGAAUUCUUUAUUUUCCUCAUCUGUCUUCUCUAUUAUGCCCCUCCUCUCCUCCUCACGUUAUUCUGUUCUAUCACCCAGUCCAAGAGCUUGCUUCCACACCAUCCAUUUCAAAGUUAAAGACACACACCUUGGAAUAAAUUUUAAAAAGGGAAACUAUAUUACUAUGUGAA